AUGGACGAAAAGGGCCAAAAAAGACGAAGCACGAAAAAGGACGAAAAGGACGAAAGAGGACGAAAAAGGACGAAAAAGGACAAAAAGGACAAAAAAAGACCAAAAAGGACGAAAGAGGACGAAAAAGGACGAAAAAGGACUAAAUGGACGAAAAAGGACCAGAAAGGUCUAAAAGGGCCAAAAAGGGCGAAGAAGGACGAAGAAGAAGAAAGAAAAGGACGAAAAAGGACCAGAAAGAACGAAAAGGACCAAAAAGAACGAAAAGAAGCAAAAAGCACGAAAAGAAACAAAAAGGAAGAAAAGGACCAAAAAGGACGAAACAGUACGAAAAAGGACGAAAUGGACGAAAAAGAACCAGAAAGGACUGAAAGGGCCAAAAAGGACUAA